AUCGUUGUCCCGACUGUCAGUGGAAACAAAGUUGCAAUUUCGGAUAUAUUCGCAAUCAAAGUACGAUAAAAUUCGGUAUAAAACUCUCUAUCCCAGCAGAGAAAAACAUCAAUCUUCGAGAAAGGUUCCCAGAGAUCAAACGCCUGCUGAAAAUGAAAUUCGUCUACGCACUCGCCGCACUCCUCGCCCUGGCAUCCGGGUGUACCCGAGAUGACACCGAUGGACGACCGGAUUGCAAUGCCGUCGAGAUGAGCCAACGCUUCUGGCGCAACCACUGGGAUCCUACCGCUUACUGGGAGUGCGAAACUGCUAACGCUCCUGCUACGGCACGUCGCUGCCCAACGGAAGGAAUGUUCGAUUCAGCCCAGCUUACCUGCAUCAACUGGGCAGACUGGACCUGGACCGAGACGUGCAAACCACCGAGCAAGGAUCAGUAGUCGGUUUGUAGUCGAAGGUUGGAUCGGUGAUAAGUUGUACAUUUUGCUGAAUACAUGAGGUUGAUUUUCUAGAAAAA